AUGCUACCUAUUGAUAUGCUUCUUCGUUGUAUUUUCGUUUUAACUAUAUGGUUCCAUCAGGCACAUGCUAUUUCGAUUAAUAGCUCAAAUUUUCAGGUUUCGAACUCAUUCACGCUACUCAWUAAUGCGUCGCAACUGUUUUCGGAACCCUUCGAUAUAUCCACUAAAUACUUGAAGACGUCAGCUUUAUUGACUUGUGUGAGAAAUUCACAAUUUUCUGCAUCGUAUUUUGAAGCUGCUUUCUUUCCCCUAAAUAAUACAAUAUUCUUUGAUAUUGAAGCCCAAACAAUUAUGAAUGAGAAUAUAACCAUAAAAGCAGAGCUCGUAACAUACGGUCUCAAUGUUUAUACCAAAACUUUUGAUUUAUGUGGGAUACAAGAUAAUUUAUUAUGCCCACUAAAGCCCGGAAAUAUAGAACUUAUUGGAAGUUAUCAAUUGGAAAGCGCGAUGACAAGCCAAAUUCCGGCUAUAGCAUAUAGCAUUCCUGAUUUGGAUGCGUAUAUUGUAGUGUCCGCAUAUUCUUCUUCUGAUAAAAAAUUAGUUAAACCGCUAGCAUGUGUCCAAGUGAUACUAACUAAUGGCAAAACCGUCCAAACACAAUACUUGUCCUGGAUUCUGGUGGCAUUAACUGCUUUUGGAGUGGUGUUUUCAAUCAUUUAUUCUUUGCAAGGCUAUACAGCCACUUCAACACGCUUGGCAUCUUAUUCGAUAUCGUUGGUUUUAUAUUUCCAAAACUUGGCAAUCCUUUCUAUGAUCAGUGUGUCAUUUUUACCGCCCAUUGUCGCCGCGUGGACCCAAAAUUUCCAAUGGUCUAUGGGUAUAAUCAAAGUAGAUUUUAUGCAGCGCUUAUUUGACUGGUAUAUUAUGGCUACAUCUGGUUCCCCUACAGUUGUGUAUCACAAUAAGGACAUUCUAUCAAUUAGUGUUCAAAAACGAGAGUUGGAUGUAAGCAGCAAGACUGUAUCCGCUUCAAGCAAUUUAAAUGGUAUUGAAAGUUCUCAAAGGGACACAUUGCUAUAUACUUCAAACCUGAAAAAUCCAAAGAAUUACCUGUCAAAAAUUUUAAUUUUAAGAGGUAUUAAAAGAGUAUCAUAUAAGGCCGGAAUUGAAUUGUCAAAUUUUUUCUUGACAGGAUUCUCUUUUUUUAUUAUCUUUAUUAUUAUGAUAGUAAUAGGAUUUGCUACGUUCAAGUUAUCUUUGAAACUACUGCGAAAGUUUGAAAUCAAAGCUACGAGGUAUUUACACUUCCACAUCAACUGCAGCUCACUCCUCCAAGGGACACUAUAUCGAGUAAUUCUCAUAAUCUACCCACAAAUAUCGCUUUUAUCGCUUUGGGAAUUUACUCAAAAAGACUCAGCAGCAGCCUUAAUAGAAGCGAUUGCCGUUUUUCUUAUAACGACAGCUUUGCUGUCGUCUGCAGGUGUAAGGAUAUGGAGACAGAUGCACAAAUCCAAAAAGUUUUUUGGCCACUCAAGCUAUCUACUCUUCGGCAACUCUGAAUUUCUAAACAAGUUCGGCUUCCUUUAUUCUCAAUAUGGUUCUCCAAAAGCAUGGUGGCUUAUUGUUACGUUAGCAUACAUGCUCAUUAGAUCUGUUUUAGUUGGAACUCUACAAACUCACGGAAAGUCCCAGUCUGCGGGUAUCUUCUUAACUGAAGUUGUUUAUCUCGUAUUUUUGUGUUGGGCGCGACCUUAUAUGGACAAGAUAACCAAUGUCUUUAAUAUCAGUAUCCAUUCGUUGAACUUAGUAAACGCAUUCUUUUUUCUAUUUUUCAGUAAUUUGUUCCAGCAGCUUAUGGCUGUUUCCUCCUUUAUGGGAAUAAUUUUCUUCUUUUUGAAUGCUUUGUUUGCCAUCUAUCUUUCCGUUUUCAUUCUGGUGGGAUAUUCUACGGCAAUAUACUACAAGCACCCUGACACGAGGUACAAGCCUAUUGAUGACCAAAGACGAUCCUUCCUAAAAAAUGAAAUGGAUGAUGAUGCUACUUACGCAUUAGUGCCAGAACUACACGAAAUGAAAAAGGCCGUUCUUGAAUGCAACGGCACUCAAAAACCGCAAAUUAACAAGAUCGACCUUUGUAAACACAGCUCGAACAACGAGUAUCUGUACAUGUGA